AUCUUGCAGCAGAAGAAGCUGUCUCAGCUCGGAAGGCAAGACCCGAGGAAGACCUCUGGGCCAGGGGCCAUCACCAAGAUCAAGGAAUCCGGUCUCAAAAAUAAGCUGAGGAAGAAACUAGGUCUUCCACCUGUGAUAACUGUGCAGAGCAAUGGCGAUGCCUCUCAGCAGCCAAACGGAGAUGUGUCCCACGACGACGAUGCCGAACGACAAGCUGUGAUCGCGUGAUUGUUGCGUCGACUGUGGAUUUCGCUCUGCCGGUCCUCGUUCCCCGGCGCUCCCAGUGGCAAGGGCCAUAUCAGACUUGCCUUGUUCCUGUUGUGCCGUUGCUCGAUAAUUAGAAAAGAG